AUGGCUCCGCAGCCUGCGAGAUGCCUGCUUAGGCUGCGAGCUCGAACCGUGCUACUGCUGUUCUGCCUGGCUGGGGCUGAUCGUGAUUCCUCCUGGUCCUCAGCAGAUGUUGAAGCCUUUGAGGAUUCCGUCGUGCGCUUGCAGCUCUUGCAGCUGCAGUUCGAUUUGGAGAAGGCACCCAAUGACCAGGACCCCAGCAUCGUCGUGGUCCCUCCUCGGCCACACAAAUUCCCAGCAGACGAGACCGCAAGGAUGGAAGAGCAGGCAUUCAUUCCAACGAGCGCUUUCCUCCUUGGGGCUAUGCUUCUAGCGGCUGGACACCGUAUGCCAGGCAUGCUGGCGACUUAUUUUGCGGGGCAGUCGAGCUUUGCUCUCUACAUGAAGCUUGUGCUCUCAGAAGAGACCGUCUCACGGGAGAUGAACAUGCGUGGGAUGCCGGCGGCCUUCCUCGUGACCGCCAUUCAACAGGUGGUGGCCUUCCUCUCCCUUGGUUUGGGGAUGGCCCUCUUAUACUUCUCGCCCUACCGCUACGUUCCCAGGGCUUUGAAAAGCUGGAGAGAGGCCCUUGCGGUUCUCCUCUUUUCAGCAGCUGUGGCCGUUAACAUCGGCUUGAACAACUUCAGCAUGUCCUUGCUGCCCGUUUCGCUCAACCUGGUCAUUCGAUCCUGUAUUCCGCUGGUUACGCUUGUGCUGCAGCAGCUGGCGCAGCAAUUGGGCCUUUUGACGGCGAGCCCGGUCGGACUGCUGGAUGUCAGCUUGAUGGUCACAGGGGUCGCUUGUGCUGCCGUUAGCGCGCUGGCUGAGAGUGCAACUUCGGGCAAUGGUCCGGCACCUCACUUGAUGCUUGGUGUCUUGAUGUGCUCCCUCGGCGACAUUGCUGCGGCCAUGACCUUGAUCUUGAUGGCGGCAUUCGGGAGUACACUGGACCCACCACUGAAUCCUUUGGACACGAUCUUUUACAUGGCGCUGCCUUGCGCCUUAACACUUUUACCAGCCUCUCUCUAUGCAUCUCACCCGGUCGAUUGGCCCAACUUUGGCGUACUGACGGACUGGGAGGUCUACCAAAAAGUUCACGUCCUCAGUCCAGGCACCAUCUUCCUCGUAAUCGCAUCAGGCAUUGUUUCAGCCGGCUACAACUUCAUUCAGUACACUGUGGUGCAAUCACUCUCCGCGAGCCAUGCAGCGUUUGCGGGGAACUUCAACAAAGCCGCGACGAUCUCACUUUCCAUCUGCCUGGGUCUGGAGACCCUGCCUGGGGGCAAGUGGAAGUUUGUCAUGCUUCUAGGAAUAGCUGGGAACAUCCUUGCCUUCACAGCAUGGAGUUACCUUCAAGCAGUACGGAAGCAGAAGACAGAAGAGAAGACCCCGACCUGA